AUGCUGGUGAGGGCAGCGGUGUUCGGGCGCUGUUCGUUUCCAGCGAAUCGACUGCCCUUGGUUGCAGCGGCCAGCAGAGUGGGUCAAUUCCCCGCGGCGAGGAGGCCACAGCAUCGCAAAGAGUUUUCCAACACUUCCGCUGUUCGUGCGUCUGAAAGGAAAAGCUUUUAUGAACCUCCGAAAAAAUCGAAAGAUGACCGGCCACCGGAAAACAGCAUAAGAGAAGCCCGCACCGCCGUCAAAAAAGUCCCGAGCAAACCCUCCCGAUUCAACCCCACCCCCGCCGUCCUAAGGCUCAAACAAGUCCCUCCAAACCGCCCCUGGGUCCCGCUAGAAGGCUACUCAACAAACCGCACCCCCUUGUCCCUCCUCUCGCUCGAAAUCGCCGAUUUCGCCACCUGGGUCGAACAACGCUCCACCGAGAUCGCCGUCCGCACCGCCAUCCUCGAAGCCUACGAGAAGCUCGCGCGGCAGUACCUUGACAAAGGUGCGCGGAUAGCCAUGUUUGGCAGUUCGGCGACGGGGCUGAAUCUGCCAAAUUCGGACCUGGAUCUGAUCCUGCUGGGCUAUGAGAUGAAACUGAAACCGCGGUACCAGAAGAAACUGGCCAAGAAACCGCGGGAUCUCGCCACGAUGCUCCUCCAAGCCUUCCGCGUGAAGUUGCGCCAGAACAAACUGAUCUCCCUCUCAGCCGACGUCGUCUUCAUCCACGCAAAAGUCCCCAUCAUCAAACUCCGCCAUACAUCAACCAAUCUCAUGGUGGAUAUCUCCUCCACGACUACCGAAGAAAGCUUGCCGGACGUGCUUCGCUACAUCGACUGCGUCAAGGAGAUGAUAAAAGACGACCGCGUCAAGCGCCUCACGUUCUUGCUUAAACGCAUGCUCAACCAGCAGGAACUGGAUAACCCCGCGACCGGCGGCCUGGGCGGGUUCGCGACAACGUGCUGGGCCAAUGCGUUCGUGCAGGCGUACGAUAAACAUAUCUUCGAAACCCAGCCCGCUGGAGACUCUUCUGUAACGGAUAUCGGGCCCAUCUUCAUCAGAUUCCUCCAACACUACACGGGUGAUACAACCCAGGAGCCCAUCCACGUCCCCACCGUCGACUUCAACGUGGACAACGUCUCGCGACAGGGAACGCUGUCCAUCAUCGACCCCGUCAACGCAUCCAACAACGUCGCAAAGGCCUUCACCCGCCCCGCCGACAUGGUCGAACUCUUCCAAUACGCUUUGACCCGUCUCCAACCCCACCUCAGUUCCCCGACUCAUUCUCGCACCCACACCGAAUCCCCACUAACCCCCCUCCUCGGAUUUACGAACAAUGAGCUCGCCCACCGCUCCCACAUCGAAGCCCUCGGCACCGCCCUCCUCCGCAACCCCUCCAACAGCAUCGACCCCUUCGCUCCCACCAAGGAUAAACGGUUCAAUCAGAAACUGAAGGGGGGGAUGAGGAAGAAGUCUGAGGCAGGGAAGAGGACUGGGGGAAGGACGGAUGUGGGGGAUGUGGAGGGUGAGUAUAGGGUGCGGCCGCCGAGGGAUUAUAGGGAUGACGAGGAGGGGUUCGUGUCGGGUGGGGGAGGGCCAUCGUGGGGCAGGCCGAGUUUUUAUGAGCGGCAUGGACCGCAGGUGGGCGGGCGGGGGGCUGUAGAUGUGGAUGUAGAGGAGGGGAGAGGACGGCCGAUGGAUGACUUCGACGAUGAUGAUCAACCGCCGCCGACAAAGUCGAAACGCUAUGAUGACGACACCUCCCGGCCGCCAACACACUCAGUCAAACGGUACGACACCCGGGACGCGGCGCACAGUCCACCUGCGGAUGCACUGAAACGCUACGACGAACGGGACCAGCCGUUCCAUGCACCUGCGGCGAGUAACCAGCGUGACAUCAAACCCCACCCGCCCUCAAAUCAGAAACGGGCGCAUGAUGCAGCCGCAGACCACGACGGGGAGGACGAAUACCCUCCGCGCUCGGAAUUUGCUCAGACGGUGCGACGACCGUUGGGAUGA